GCGGUGCAGGUUCGAUCGUCGGUCAUGGCCAACGUAACAAGGAUGAAACGAAGCGCUUCCCGGGCUAUCGGCCGGACGGACUCGGAAGCAAAUUCGAGUAAACACUCGCCGAAGGGACAUGUCUUCAAGCUUCUUCUAGCUUUCAACUUCUAGCUGCUCGUGACAUGUGAUCGAUGGCGAUGUUCCCUUUGCCUCGUAGCUGGUCAUCUCCAUCUACUCAUCGCCGUAGCAAUGACGAUCUCUGACAAGCCCAAAGUUUACAUGCCCUCGGCUUUCCAUGAAGAGGCGAUCAAGUACGCACAGGAGAAAUUCCAUCUGUAUCAGCCGGGAGACCUACCAGAGGAGCAGAUCUUAGCACAGGUAGAUGGCAUCUUACUGAGACAGGGAGGUCUGACACGAGAACAGCUGCUAUCCGCCCCAAAGCUGCGGUGUAUCGCGCGGAAUGGUACUGGCGUCGACUCGAUCGACAAGGCUACCUGUUUAGAAAAGAAGACGGCAGUUCUCAACAAUCCCGGGGGAAAUGCGGUGCCGGUGGCUGAGUUGGUGGUCGGGUUUGCUUUGACCCUACUUCGACGGAUAGGCGAAAUCAAUACCCGUCUCAGAGCCGGGGAGACUAUUCCCUCGAUCACAGCCUUGGCUCCGGGACUUUAUCGCAGAACGAUUGGCCUGGUCGGUAUGGGUGAUAUCGCCCGCGAGACGGCCAAGAUGUUUCACUACGGGUUCAAUUGCAAGAUCAUCGUCUUCUCCCCUACAACGCCCAAGAACCGCUGGACUUCAAGGUCGACUGUGGCGGGCGAUUCCGUCAUUCCCCAUGAGCGGACAUCAAGUCUAGAAGAGUUGCUGCCUCAAGUGGAUGUGUUGUCGCUUCAUUGCCCUUACACUCCUGCGACCCGACAUAUGAUCGGUGAGCGUGAAUUGGCGCUCUUCCGGCCAUCGGCGGUGAUCAUCAAUGCGGCUCGGGGCGGGAUCAUCGACGAGGACGCGUUGUACCGAGCGCUCGUCGACAAGACCAUAGGAGGUGCCGGAAUCGACGUAUGGGAGCAGGAGCCCCCACCAAAAGAGCGAUACGCCAAGUUGUGGGAUUUGCCCAACGUCGUAGCCAUGCCUCACUUCGGCGGCUCGACCGAUGAGGUGACGAGGAUAGGCUGCAGGAUCGCAGUCGACGCGCUGUUUGAUUACUUGGCCGACAAAGAAAUUCGCAAUAGGGUAUACUGAAGAUCUUUGGAGCCCGCGAUGGUAUCACCAAGGCUCAGUCUCACUUAGCGGAUGACAAGGCGGCGGAAUUACGACGAUGGCGGCAAUGCCGAGCCUCGUCGAUCCGUUUGAGUCGUCCACUCUCUCAACAUUUACACCAGUAACGUUGAAGGUGUACAACGGGGUGUACAAACGAUGUACCGCCAGCAUAAUACAAAGGAUCGUCUCGACAGUAUGUGACAGUGCCAUCUAGCCAAGUCACGAUAAUUUGCACGGUAAUCGGUCAUGAUAAGCAGUCAUGCACGGAGGAGACGAGGCGAUGUGAUCGAACGAAGCA